GGAUAUUCUCCGUGGAACGGAACUGCGUUGUCUCAAUCCGGGAUCACCGACUAUGAAUGAAACGUUACCGGAAGGCACAAAUUCACCACUGGUAGUUCCGCCCCCAGGGAAGCCCAACCCGAACGAACCGCACAAUCUGUCCGGUGAAGUGCACCCGAUAGUCACCGUGCAUGAAGUGGACUAUCCGAACGAUUUCGUUCAGACCAAUGAACAUCGCACAUUCAAAAUUGACCCGACUCGAUUUGUGACCGGGUCGGUGAAUGGAGUGAACGCGAGUGCACCGGGUCCGAGUGAUCCAUUUCUCAGUUCAUCUGCCCUGAUCGAACCGGGACAUUUGGAACGUGAAAAUCUGGCCCUUCUAACCGCCAUGCAUGAGACCACCGUGGGUUGUGGUGGCAACGGUGCUGGCACGAGUGCCGGGGAUAGUGAAGCAGGCACUCUGAUUGGCCAGUGGAGUCUACGCAGUGCGGCCGACACACUGGACUCACAGAUGAUCAAUCAGGGUUGUGUCACUUGUUUACCUGGGCGCGAAUGUCUCCGUCCGGCCGCGGGUUGGUUUCAACCACGAACUGGCAUUACCGGCCACGGGUCGAAUUGGACUAGUUCAGGUCAACGUCACGAAAAGGAUACCCGUAAAGCAGUCAAAUCGAAUGCCCCAGAUCGGGAUAUGGUUGACCCAGUGGACAGCAAAUCGACUCGUUCACCACUGGCCGAAAAUCACACCCAUCCCGCACAUCAUCACCAUCGUCGUCAUCACCAGCAGCAGCAGCAGCAGCAACAACAACAACAUGGCCCACAAGUGAAUGUGGGUGGAUUGAACAUAACUAAACGAACAGAGCCCCGGAAUCACCACCGCACACGUCAGACUAAACGGCAACGCCAAGUGCAUCAACAACAGAGUAAGGCAAUCUCUGUCCCAACUAGUCUUGUCGAACACAGCGGUGGUGGCUGUGGAGUACCCAUGGGAGGAGUGAAUGUGAUCAUCGAUGGUGCUCCGUCUUCACCAUCAUCUCUGGCUUCAUCAGAUACAUCGUCUGGUCGUCGAAUGGCUUCAUCUCGUGCCUCCUUCUCAUCCAGUUCAUCCAGUUGUUGUUCCACACGAAUGAAGAAAUCAGGCAAUCCACUCUGUGGUCCUGUCUCCGAUCGUGGGACUCGUUCCGGCCCCGGUGGUGUGGCCGCAUCUUGCAGUUCAUCCAGUAGUUCGUCAACCAGUUCUAUUAAUUCGGCUGCGGUGGAUGAGGAUACGGCUGGUGCGAAUCCUACUCGCCCCUCGGAUGUGCAGGAAGAAGCUGGAAAGAAAACACACUUCGGAUUCACCGCGGCACUUUGCUCUGUCGCACACAAUAUUGCAUUCAAACCGGCCGAAUCUCAAUUCAGAUGGUUUCUCUGACGACAACAAGCCGCAGCCGAUGCCACAAUUCAAGAGCAGUGUCUCAGCCUCGGCCGGGUCAGUACAGAUGGUGUGGCCACACUGGAUAACGGUCGUACCGGGAAAGGAAGGCGCAACUCAGGCGGUGCUGGUGGUGGAGGUAGUGGUGGUUCUACCGGUCUUGGAGUCACCGGGAUCAGUGGGAGCAGUGGUCUAAAUCCGUUGCACGAUUUUCAUCGUUGGAUUAACGCGGCGAAACAACGCUUGCCAGCCGUGUGGACAAACAGUGUGGCCAAUCGUGGUAUGACCUUGCAAAUCUCCGCUCCACUUCCAACGAGUUCGGCUGGGAGCAAGCAACAACAACAACCACUGGAAGCGGAGAAAACCGGUCAUGUUAUGCCGUCCAAUUUGGAUGAUUUGACCACCAAUCAGUACAGCACAUCUGUCGGACCACAUGAACUUCCUGUGUUGGAUACUAGUCAACCAGGCCGUUUGGCUCGGUCGUCCAGUGAGGCUUGCGCUCGUGAUCUGACUGGGAUGCGUGGUUUACGAGGUUUCACGAAAAAUCCGAGCGCCCAGUUCAGUGCACCACAACAACAAUCCCCACACUAUGGUGAUUCCGUGUCUCAUCCGUCUGCCGAUCACAUUCAUGGUGUUGUGCCAGGUAGCCGUCCGGAUCCACCAACCAUUCAUUUAUACCCUCCAAGUCCCACUCAAACCACCUAUAGUCAUCACUCCACUUCACUGGAAAGUGAUCCGUUGCAUUCAAAGCAGCUGUGGUCCUACGGAAGUCAUUCUGAAGAUUCCGGGUGCCCAAACACACAGACAGAUCUCCGAGAAGCGGACCAAACGGGGGAAGUGGCUUCCAACACACUAGGGGUGACACACGCAGACUCCAUUGCUCCAAAUUCUAUGGAAGCAGAUAUUCCUGUCCGUCGCACAUCACUCGAGAGCCGCAUUCAAGGGGAUCCACAGUCCCAGAGGACUGUGCCCCUUCUGCAACGUCAAGGGGCAUUUCGUGGACUACCACAAUGGCGGAUCAUUCCGGGUCCACUGGCUCCAACUGACCGCGGUCGUCCUGCUGGCACGACACUAAAUGUGACAGAGGGUACAACUUUGUCUAGUUUACUAUUUCCAAAUAAUCCAGAGCCCGUGUUGGAAUCCAUCAAACCGCAGCAACCACCAUUGGCAAUGCCAUCUCAACUCCCACACGGCCCACUUUGUAACGUGUCUACUGCGCCUCGAACUAUGGGUCUACCACAGGUCAAUGAUGGCAAGGUAAAUGUGAAUCGUUUAUUGCAUGGUCUGGAGAGUUCGACCGAUGGUCAUUUUUCAGCUCCACCAAGCACCCCCAGUGGUCGCCUGCAUUUUGUUUGGAGUGAUCUUCUGGUGGAGUCCAAUCCUCUCCCGGUAUCCUCCGCCAGUCCAAUGGUCGGCACCUCUGUAGCAUCAGAGUGGCGCGAUGUGACCAACAGAACCACAGACAUUCCCAGUGGAGUGAACCUGUCCACCUACCUGUCUGGUGAGAACUACGCUUUGAAACAGGAAAGUAACUUGUUAGACUCGAGACCGUUGGGCGAAGCAACCAACACGGGCGAAUCUGGUCACACAGUCAAUGAAAUGCAAUCACGACAACCAGUUUCAUCCGUAAAUCAACGAGAACAACAACAACAACAGACGGAAGCGCACGAUCAGGAACGGUUGACACGUGGUGCUGGGGAUUCCGUGGGUCAACCGUUUAACACACUGUUAACGACAUCCAGCUCGUCAGAACAGAGUAGUACUCAGCGACCACCCUCAAGCGGACCAAUUCACUUACUCACUCAUUCGGACAUUCAUCAACUGUUAAGCUUGACAAAUAUUCGCGUAAGUUCUGUUCUCUCGUGUUAG